UACACCCCUGAAAAGCCAUGUAUUGGCAAUUCAAAUUCAAAUCCGAAAUUGAAAAGGUUACAUUUACACGCCUGAAAAAUCAUUCGUGGCGUGCAAUUCGCUUCCAAAUUUUGAAUUCAAACAUUCACCGACGAACAAGAACGAUAACUGAAGAAGAAAAAACCACUUGGAGAUCAACACAGAAAUGGAGGAAACCAUUGCAAACCUCUGCAAAACCCUCGCUUAUUUCUGCAACCACUUAGACAACAGUUGCGAAGCUCUUAAGCAAUCUGUGCAGCGGCGUCCCAUCCCUCUGGAUUCCGCUUCUACAACCUUCAUCCAGUGCCUCAACCGCCGUGUUUCAGCCGUCACUUCUGAUCUUAAUUUGCUCGAUUCGAUGUCGUUUGGUACGGUCUCUUUUGAGGAGUUAUUAGGACACUGCAAUGAAGUUUACAAGACCAACGAGACCCAUCUUCUUCAACUCCAUGAUCGCCUUAAAACCUUCAAUAAUAUUCCUGAAUUUGAGAUUGAUGACGAAGAUAAGGGUUGCAGUUUAUUGACACCGAUUGGUUUUGACUCAAAGGAUGAGGUGGAAUCACCAUCACCAAUCUCUUUUUCUCAUUCAGUCAUGAAGAGCUUGGAAGAAGACACUCUACUUGAUGAAUCAUUGAGUUUAAAGAAUCUGGGGCUAUCAGAUGUUUGUCUAGCCACUUUAGCAUCUGAAGAUAAUGAUAACACUGAUGAUCCAGAUUGGUGUUUCCAAGAAACAAUGAAAUGCUCCAGGGACAAACUGCAUGAGAUAAAGGAUCUAAGUGAACAAACUGCAAAUAUAGAAGGGGAAUUGAAAGAUAAGCCUAUUUCCUUUGAAGCUGCUGGUCCUGUAAUAAAGGUAUCAAAGGAUGACUAUGACAGCAUUCCAUCCUACAUGAAAACCCUAACUUCAUGGGAGGAUCUGCUCAUUGCUGUUGAGAAGAUCAACUCAAACUUGAGAAAGGAGAAAACAAAACAAUGCAACUACUUCCAACAGGACGAAAUUGCAUCUUUGGACUUGGGGCACAAAGCCAGAGCUUACCUACUGCUACUCACUCGUCUAAAUUGUUUACGUAUUGAAACAAUUGAUGGUCGUAUAAGCUACCGUGUUCUGUGAACAGGCAUCAUUUCUUAAUAGGAAUAAUGCAAUCAUGCCAUCUUCAAGUUUUACUUCUCAGGUUCAUUUAGAUUUUACAACUUCAAUGAGAUGGUUUCUAUAACGGCAUUUUAUGAUCAAAUGGCUAUUUUCAUCACAUCAAGGCUGUUUGGAUACAGCAAAAUAAAAUUUCAUUCUGUUUAAUUCAUGUAAUCAUAUCUGUAUUUUCAUACUUUAUGUUGAAAAAAUUUCUAAAGAGUAAUUAAUUAAAACACCCAUAUUGGAGGGGUUACUAAAA